GAGCUCCCUUUCAGCCCGAGCGACCCACUGAGGCCCUGCAGUAUUUAAUCUGUUCCCAUGAGUGAGGCAGACAUCCUCACAGGUAGAAUCAGGCGCUUCUUGUCCCUGUGAGGAAAUAUAGAAUCAAAAAUGGAGGAUUUUCUGUUUGACUUUGAGCAGGAUGGAAGCGCCGACUUUGGAUUUUGGGGACAGACGGACCAGAACGUSCAGCUUCAGACCCAAAUGGACUCUUUUUUAAUGGACUGCACUGCGGCCAGCGGCCAGCUCUCCCCCUGGUCCUGCUUCAGCUGUCAGUCCGUGUUCCCGGACUCACAGCUGACCUUCACCGACCUCGACCUUCAGUCCCCAGGAGAGCAUGACGCCUGCCCCGAGGRCGAAGAGGCCUCCCCGGCGGACGAGCCUCUGGAGGCGGCCAGGCGCAGGACGCGCAGGCUGCUGGCGCACCAUCAACCGUACAAGGUGCAGCGGCACGCCGCCAACAUCCGGGAGAGGAAGAGGAUGCUGAGCAUCAACUCGGCCUUCGAGGAGCUGCGCUGCCACGUGCCCACGUUUCCGUACGAGAAGCGGCUGUCGAAGAUCGACACCCUGAGGCUGGCCAUAGCUUACAUCGCCCUGCUGAGAGAGGUCCUCGUGUCCGGCUGCGACCCGAAGUCCUACGUGGAUGAGUUCAUGAAGAGCGGCUGCAAAAACCAAAGCAGCGCCGUUUGGAACACCAGUGAUCUGACGGCCCGUCUCUUAUGGAUAAAGUGGGAUUAAACCAAGAAGACUGCAGGCAGACAGCCGGUACUCCAUCUGCAGACUUCUCACCAGGUCACACACCUCAGGCUUUGUCGGCCUCAUCCACUACUUUCUGCUCAGCAGCUUUUARUAUUCUAAUUUAUUAACUGAGAGUCAUUGUUCCUGGGACGGGAGGAGGGUUGGCACAGCACAACUUUCUCAAAUGGCACUUGUCACAGAGAGGCACGACGGCGAAGGACUCGUACUUCUGCAGGCGGAGCUCAAGUGUUUUCUGGAGUCGAUGUGUUAAAAAGAGCCUUCAUCAUGUAAAUGAGACGACGGGCGUGAGAAAAAAAUAUCWGUACGCCGUACGUGCAGGUGCUUUGGUUCAACUAAUGUUUGUCAACUUUUAGCUGUUAAUUAAACUUGUUUUUGAGGAAAAAAAUCAUUUCUUUGAUUUUUUUAUGAUUUCAAAUGUGAAUCACUGCUGAGACUUUUUACAUCUUUUUAAUAACCUUUGAAAAAAGCCAACAAUUUGAUGUAAAAUUCACUGUGUAUAAAGUGU